GCUCCUAGGCUUUUAAGUACAGCUCUGGACACUGCCACAGGUUCUUGAGCGUAUCCGUCUGGCCGCGGCGGUGGAGAGUGGACGCUGAUGGGGGACGAAAAGGAGACCUGGAAAGUAAAAACUCUCGACGAAAUCCUCCAGGAGAAAAAACGCAGAAGAGAAUUGGAAGAGAAAACGGAUCCCAAGCUCCAGAAAAAUUUCACACAGAUCCCCGUUCCACAGUCGGAUGAUCGGGAAGCCAAACGAGAUACUCCGGAGGAAGGAGAACUACGGGAUCAAAAGAUGGAAAUAACAAUUCGUAAUUCCCCGUACACACGGGAGGAAUCGACAGAGGACAGGUAUUUGGAACUGGGUGUACAAAGAAAUGCAGUUGUAGCCCAUUUGCAAAACAAGAAAAACAUGUCAACAGCACAAAAAACACCAACGGCCGAGGAAGAUGAUUCAUUAGCCAUCAAGCCUCCACAGCAGAUAGCCAGAAAAGACAAGUCUCAUCACAGAAAGGAGGAGAAGAGAAAAGAGAAAAGACGUCAUCGCAGUACCUCUGCAGAAGGAGUAGCGAAACAAGUGAGACCCAAAGACAAAGAAAAAGAGCGAGAGAAUGAGCGCAGGAAGCGUCAGUGGGAGGAAGACAAAGCCCGGCGAGACUGGGAGAGGCAGAAACGGAGAGAACAAGCCAGAGCUCAUUCGCGCAGAGAAAGACCCCGAUUGGAUUCUCCUGGGUUUUUUUUGGACCACAGGGACCGUCUGGAACAGGUGGAGCGCCAGCGCGAACGAGACCGAAAGCUCCGCGAACAGCAGAAAGAGCAACGUGAGCUGAAGGAGCGUGAAAGGAGGGCCGAGGAGCGGCGCAAAGAGCGAGAUGGUCGACGAGAAGUGCCGUCUCACCAUCGGAUGCUCCCGGAUGAGUACGGUGACAAGCCAAAACAAAGCCACCACAGCCGGAGUCCCACCCGCAUACCCCGGGACCGAGCUGACCUCAGCGAACCGCGGAAAAGUGCACCGUCGAAGGAGGAGAAGCCAGAGGGCAAAGACCUGCUGGCUGACCUCCAGGACAUCAGUGACAGCGAACGGAAGACCAGCUCGGGAGAAUCCUCCGUCGCAUCAGGGUCAGGCUCGGACGACGAGGAGGAGGAGUCCAGCAGCCAGAGCGAGGGCGAAGAAGAGGAAGAGGGGUCCGUUUCAGCCUCGGGGAGGUCGGAGCAGAGCGCAGAGGACGUGAGCGAGGCCGAGCAGUCGGCGGAGGAAUUUGAGGACGAGAGAGAAAACGGAGAUGGCGUACCUGCAGUGCCAGAGUCCUCCCGCUUCGAUCACGACUCCGAGGAGAGCGGCGAGGACAUGGGCAUGGAGGGGGAGCGGGAGGAGGAAGAGGAAGAGGAGGAGGACGACGAUGAGGAAGAGGAGGAUGACGCGGUUGAGGGCGACGUCACCCCUCAGUCUCAAACUCACUCUCGCUCCCUGACCCCCGAAGAAAACUACAUCCCGGAUUCGCCCCCGAUUUCGCCCGUGGAGCUGAAGAAGGAGCUGCCCAAGUAUCUGCCCGCUCUGCAGGGUUGUCGCAGUGUCGAGGAAUUCCAGUGCCUGAACCGAAUAGAAGAGGGAACCUACGGCGUGGUGUACAGAGCCAAGGACAAAAAGACGGAUGAAAUUGUGGCCUUAAAGAGGUUGAAGAUGGAGAAGGAGAAGGAGGGCUUCCCCAUCACCUCUUUGCGAGAAAUCAACACCAUCCUGAAAGCUCAGCACCCAAACAUCGUCACAGUGAGGGAAAUAGUUGUUGGAAGUAACAUGGACAAGAUCUACAUUGUGAUGAACUACGUGGAGCAUGACCUGAAGAGUCUGAUGGAAACCAUGAAGCAGCCCUUCCUGCCAGGCGAAGUAAAGACGCUGAUGAUUCAGCUGCUGCGAGGUGUCCGACAUCUCCACGACAACUGGAUUCUGCAUCGCGAUCUGAAGACGUCCAACCUGCUGCUGAGCCACAAGGGAAUCCUCAAGAUUGGCGACUUUGGCCUGGCCCGGGAGUACGGCUCACCCCUGAAGCCCUACACCCCCGUCGUGGUGACCCUGUGGUACCGAUCCCCGGAGCUGUUGCUCGGAGCCAAGGAGUACUCCACAGCUGUGGACAUGUGGUCGGUGGGCUGCAUAUUUGGCGAGCUCCUCACCCAGAAGCCUCUUUUCCCUGGAAAAUCUGAAAUCGACCAAAUUAACAAGGUCUUUAAGGACCUGGGCUCACCCAGCGAGAAGAUCUGGCCCGGCUACAACGAGAUGCCCGCCGUGAAGAAGAUGACUUUCACGGAGUAUCCCUACAACCACCUGCGGAAGCGCUUCGGGGCGCUGCUCUCGGAUCAAGGCUUUGACCUCAUGAACAAGUUCCUCACCUACUGCCCCAGCAAGCGGAUCUUAUCGGACGAGGGGCUCAAGCACGAGUACUUCCGGGAGUCGCCGCUGCCCAUCGACCCGUCCAUGUUCCCCACCUGGCCGGCCAAGAGCGAGCAGCAGAGGGUGAAGAGAGCCACCAGUCCCCGGCCGCCUGAGGGCGGACUGGGCUACAGUCAACUGGCCGGCGGCGACGACGACCUAAAAGACACCGGCUUCCACCUGACGACCAGCAACCAGGGAGCGUCUGCCGUCGGUCCGGGAUUCAGCCUCAAGUUCUGAGCCCGGAGCUGCAGGACGCCUGGCGGUGCGACGGAGAGCCAAGAGAUCUGGGACUUGUUGUUCCUUUUUUGGGGGGGGAAAUCGGGACGGUGUCACUGGUAUACAGCUAUGAACCAGAUGCAUAUCUGAACAUUGGCAACUGUUACCGGGACAGUCGGGACCGUCUCGCAGCAGCAGGACUGAAUCCUGUCGCUCGACGUCUCCCUUUUUUAAUGUGACCAUUCUAGCUUUUUAAAGAGGUGACUCGCCUCGACCAGACAUCUGUUAGAAGUAUAGCUCUCAUGUAUGACUUUGUUUUAUUUCCCCUUUUUUUUAAAUAUAUGUCACGGGCGAGGAGCAGGGUUUUUUUCUAACCGGCUGGUAUUUGCUGGCUGCCUGAGCUACUGUAUAAUGAUGCAGCGUUGGCCGUGUUUUCCAUCCAGCAUUAUACGAGAAGUUUGGGACGGCCAGUGUCCCUUGAUGGGGGGGAGGGGAGGGAAGAUGAUGUUUUUGCAAGAAAUAAAGUUUGAAACUUUG